AUGGAACAGGCUUGGUACAGUGUCAUUGUAGGGCCGCCCACAAAAUCCCAGCGUGCUACUCGUGUACUAAAGAAGCUCUCAGAUGUCUUCAGCCGCUUUAUGUUCAAUGAUACAGUAACAGAGCAAUGGCAAUUCGUUCGUAACAUCACUGAGGGUAUUGCUGCUGACAGUCCCACUGUAUCCGAUCAAUACAUGCCUUACUAUGACAUAUCCUCGCCCAACCUCCGAUGUGGUCGCGGCGCAGCGACGUCAGGUCCGGGAACACAGACAGCGACCGUAGUUGCCGGUUCAGAAGUCGGUUUCGUCAUUGGGCGCAGUGCAGACGAGCCAUUAGAACCGUACAUAAUCUACCACAACGGCCCCGGUAUGGCAUACAUGUCAAAAUCGACAGUCGACAAUCUAGACGACUAUGAGGGCGAUGGAGAUUGGUUCAAGAUCGCGGAGUUCGGACCUAAGGAUGACACGACCUGGAUUACCCGCGAUCAGACUGGCAUGAAUUUCACGAUACCGAGGCGGACGCCACCAGGGAAAUAUCUGCUACGGGUCGAGCAUUUGUAUGUGCGUCCGAGCUACAACAGUACGCAGUUUUACAUUGCUUGUGCGCAGGUAGAUGUGUUGGGGCCUGGUGGUGGUGUGCCGGAGCCGUUGGUGAAAUUCCCUGGUGCAUAUGAUCUGAAUGAUAGAGGCAUCAUGGUCGAGCAAAGAAUAUAUGAAUGGCCAUUGAGUGGAUUGCUUAAAUAUCAGAUGCCUGGACCAAAGAGGUGGGAAGGCUAA